AUGGCGUCCUGGAUGCCGCUCAUUGUGGCCGUUGCAAUUGUGUGGAUUGCCGUGCCGACCACAGUGACAGCGACGACGAAAGCUUCAUCAAUGCAAGCACGGACGACAGGUACGGACAACGGCGCCCAGACAGCCAUUUACAGCAGUUAUGCCCACAACAUGGCACAAGGCGCGGCGCAGUACGAUAAUCGGUGGCUGCCGUUGGGAGAGCAAGAAACAUCCAUGCUGCAUCGCUACGCCUUAAACUACGAUGCGGCAGCAGGGGAGCGGCGCAGCUACAGUAGCGAUUCCUCUGGUUUUAGCGGACAUGGCCAGGGCGGACUAGGAGCCGUGCUUAAUGGGCUCACAAAUCUCUCGGGCAUGGGACACAUUACAAACGGCUACGGCUCAGUGGCGCCCAAGCACACCGAAGCCUUAGCAGUGGCUUCGUCAAAACAAGAGAUACCAAUUUAUGAGGAGCAGCAUGAGGACGCGGCCGUGGCGGCGGUGGCGGCAACAGCCCACGAUUACGGCGAUAUAGGGGCAGGUCAAAGCGGUUACGGCGGUGGGGAACACAUCCAACAGCACUCAACUGCGGGCUUCAACUCAGCCAUUUACAACUAUCCAGCGGCUAUUGGAGGAGAGCAAGGCUCCUGGGCACCUUCAUCUGCUCAGCAAUAUAAGAAAGCGGUAGGAUAUCAGCCGGAACAGGCGGGCAACCAUUACGCCUACGACAAAAUGUCACAGCAGCAGCAACAACAGCAGGAACAGCUGGAACACGUUUCCUAUUUCACACCUCAUGAAGGUGCGGCAUCUGCGACAGGAUCGGGCUCUUCAGCCAGCGGACCAAGUGAUUACGAACAGCACCAGGACGGCGAGGAGCAGAGCUCCAAUUUUCUGGCCGAGUCAAGUGGCCACGAUGAAAGUCACGCUCAUUCCCAUCAGUCACAUCAGUCACAUCACCAUGUGGAUAUUAUCAACUAUGUGCCUGUAAAGCAUGUUAAGAAGCAGCACGUGCCCGUGGAGAAAACUGUCAAAAUACCCAUCUCCCAUGCUGUUAUCAUUCCGAUCAAGAAGCCAGUUCCAAUCCACAUACCCAUCACUAAGCAAGUACAAGUGGCGGUCGAGAAGGAGCUAAAAGUGCCGGUGGAGCGCAUCGUGCCGGUGCCAGUGGAAAAGCACAUCCCAGUACCUGUAGAGAAGCGGGUACCAUACACGGUCGUCAAGUAUUUGCCAAUCAAGGUGCCCAAGCCAUUCCCUGUCAAGGUGCCAGUAUUUAAGACAAUCCUGCACAAGGUCAAAGGCUGGUGGUAA